GGCGGUAACCACUGCAGUCUUACUACAGUAUCCCUGCCGUCUCAGAGGCUGACAGUAUUUUACUCUCCGCCGGAGACCGGCUGAGUUUUACGCUUUAUUUUAAUUAGUUGUGUGGUGAGAGGCACCCGGGACGGACAUGGCUGGCGCGGUAGCACCAAAGCGGCAAGACACUCGGAAAUUUUUCGAGAAUCUGUCCGGCACUGGGAAAUCCAUCGCGGUGCUGACGAGCGGAGGAGAUGCCCAAGGUAUGAAUGCGGCAGUCCGGGCCGUCGUCAGGAUGGGCAUCUACGUGGGAGCAAAGGUCUACUUCAUCCACGAGGGCUACCAGGGGAUGGUGGACGGUGGAGACAACAUCAAAGAGGCGACGUGGGAAAGCGUCUCCAGCAUGUUGCAAGUGGGUGGCACAGUCAUCGGCAGCGCCCGCUGUAAGGAGUUCCGUACCCACGAGGGCCGCCUGAGGGCCGCACACAACCUGGUGCAGCGUGGCAUCACCAACCUGUGCGUGAUCGGUGGAGACGGCAGCCUGACGGGGGCCAACCUGUUCAGAGAGGAGUGGAGCGGCCUGCUGGACGAGCUCCUCCAGCAAGGACUGAUCAGCGAGGACGCGGCUCGCAGUAACUCGGCGCUCCACAUCGUCGGCAUGGUCGGCUCCAUCGACAACGACUUCUGCGGCACCGACAUGACCAUCGGCACCGACUCGGCGCUGCACAGGAUCAUCGAGGUGGUGGACGCCAUCAUGACCACCGCUCAGAGCCACCAGAGGACAUUUGUGCUGGAGGUCAUGGGCCGGCACUGCGGAUACCUGGCCCUGGUCAGUGCCCUGGCAUGCGGAGCAGACUGGGUGUUUAUCCCAGAAAUGCCUCCUGAAGAUGGCUGGGAGGACAACAUGUGUCAGAAACUGUCUGAGAGCCGAUCUCGAGGUUCCAGGUUGAACAUUAUCAUAGUUGCUGAAGGAGCCAUCGACAGACAAGGACAACCAAUUACGUCACAGUUUGUGAAGGAUAACCGUGCCGAUAAGAAAAGGCUGAACAUUAUUAUUGUAGCUGAGGGGGCCAUAGAUUGCCACAACAAGCAAAUAACUCCUGAUUAUAUCAAGGAUCUGGUGGUGCGCUGCCUGGGUUUUGACACCAGGGUCACCAUCUUGGGUCACGUGCAGAGAGGCGGGACCCCCUCUGCCUUCGACAGGAUCCUAGCCAGUCGUAUGGGCGUGGAGGCGGUGCUGGCGCUGCUGGAGGCCUCUGCCAGCACGCCGGCCUGCGUUGUGUCUCUGGUCGGAAACCAGGCUGUUCGACUGCCGCUUAUGGAGUGUGUCCAGAUGACCCAAGAGGUGCAGAAGGCCAUGGACGAGAAGAAGUUUGAAGAUGCAGUGAGACUGCGUGGCAGGAGCUUUGAAAACAACCUGACCACCUACAGGCUCCUGUCCUAUCGGAAAGCAGAUUCUGAACUUCCAAAUAGCUCCUUUAACGUGGCGGUGUUGAAUGUCGGCGCCCCGGCGGCAGGGAUGAACGCCGCCGUGCGUUCUGCUAUCAGAGUGGGAAUCGCUGAAGGCCACAAAAUGUUUGCUGUCAACGACGGCUUCGAGGGCUUGUACAGAGGCCAGAUCAAGGAGAUCAAAUGGGGAGAUGUGGGUGGCUGGACCGGCCAAGGAGGAUCCCUGCUCGGAACAAAGCGAACUCUUCCAGGUAAACACCUGGAGGAGAUUGCCGAGCAGCUUAGGAUCCAUAACAUCAACGCUCUGCUGGUCAUCGGAGGAUUUGAGGCCUACGUGGGAUUACUGGAACUUUCUUCUGCGCGGGACAAAUACGACGAGUUCUGUGUGCCCAUGGUUAUGGUGCCCGCCACCGUGUCCAACAAUAUACCUGGCUCAGACCUCAGCAUUGGCUCAGACACCGCUCUGAAUGCCAUUACUGAUACGUGCGAUCGAAUCAAGCAGUCGGCCAGUGGCACCAAGCGGCGGGUCUUCAUCAUUGAGACCAUGGGGGGCUACUGCGGCUACCUGGCCACCGUGGGCGGUCUGGCUGCGGGCGCCGACACCGUCUACAUCUACGAGGAGCCGUUUGACAUCCGCGACCUGCAGGCCAACGUGGAGCAUCUGACGGAGAAGAUGAAGACCAGCAUCCAGAGAGGCUUGGUGCUCAGGAAUGAGAACUGCAACGAGAACUUCACCACUGACUUCAUCUACCAGCUGUACAACGAGGAGGGACAAGGAGUGUUUGACUGCAGGAAGAACAUCCUCGGCCACAUGCAGCAGGGAGGAGCUCCGUCACCGUUUGACAGAAACUUUGGCACCAAAGUCGCUGCCAAAGCCAUGCAGUGGAUCACACGGACGCUCAAGGACUCUUACAAAGGAGGACGGGUGUUCGCCAACUCGGAGGACACGGCCUGUCUGCUGGGGAUGCGCCGCAGAGCUCUGGUGUUUCAGCCCGUCGCUCAGCUCCGGGACGAGACCGACUUUGUGCACAGGAUCCCUAAGGAGCAGUGGUGGCUGAAGCUCCGCCCACUGAUGAAAAUCCUGGCCAAGUACAAGACGAGCUACGACGUGUCGGACUCGGGCCAGCUGGAACACGUGACCCGCGUGCAGCCCAAGGAGACCAACACGUCGGCGACCAUCUGAGCUGCCGCCGGAGGAGCGCUUCACUCCCAGCAGAUUCACACAACGGCGACAGCUGCUCGCGCCACGACUUACCCAACACUGAUUGGCUGCACUUAAAUUAAGGUAGACUUUUAAAAGGCAGGUUUAGGUUGUUUUUAAACGGUUAAAAUGUGUGGCGACGUAAAAGGGGAUCUUCUGUAUUUGAGAAAACGACCAAUUAAAUUUGAGGGGACGUGGUUUGAACAAGCUAGCAGAGCUGACACAUUUUCUGGAUCCCCAGUUAAAAGUUACCAUAGACUUCUGUAGAAAUUAAUAUAUAAGCAUCACAGCACUCCUCACUAUGUGCUGCAUAAGUAUCUAAGUUUUAGUCCUGAAAGCGUGUUUAAAUUAUUUUCAAUCCUGCUAUGCAUCAGUGUUCCAUAAACACAGCGAGGCUGAGGUGGGCCACGCGUUUAGAGCUUCUGUCAUUUUUAUUAUUUCCUACAGCACUUUGAGCCCCAUAAUUAAUGUAAUCCCCUAAAGCUGCUCUUAAAGAGAGAAGACACGUCAGGGGGAUCACACGCUGUCUACCGUCCUGACUGUAGCUACAGAGCGUGUGUGUGUGUGUGUGUGUGUGUGUCGUGGUGUUGCCUUGGCCGUCCUGAAUCCACCCUGGGCUUUGUAUGUGGCAUCUCUUUGUGGUAUUUGUGAGCAGUUUCCUGCUGUUUGCUGUAGUUUGGCACUGAAGCUGAGGACGUCUGCAACUUGUAUGCAACAUUAACUUUGUGUGAUGUCGUGUCGCAGAGUAAUAAAGUAUUUAUUGUGUGGAAAG